AUGACGAGUUGCCAAGCAUGGCCAGAGCCAGUGGUUCGAGUCCAGGCCUUAGCUGAAAGUGGCCUAAGCUCUAUCCCCUCGCGCUACAUUAGGCCACUCUCCCAAAGGCCUUCCAACACCACUUCGUUCACUCCUCAUAAUCCUUCUCAAACUCACCUUCACCAUGAUCUCGACUCUGGUCGUGGCCAUGGUCAUGUUAACAUCCCCGUCAUUGACUUAAAACACCUUUACUCGGAGGACCAGGUUCUCCGAAAAAAGGUGUUGGAGGAGGUGGCGGAGGCGUGUCGCGAGUGGGGGUUCUUUCAGGUGGUCAACCAUGGGGUUAGCCAUGAGUUGAUGAAGAGUGCGAGGGAAGUGUGGCGUGAGUUCUUCAACCAGCCACUCGAGGUGAAGGAGGAGUAUGCAAACUCCCCCAGCACUUAUGAGGGCUAUGGAAGUCGGCUGGGAGUGCAGAAGGGUGCCACCUUGGAUUGGAGUGACUACUUCUUUCUUCAUUACAUGCCUCCCUCUCUUAGGAACCAAACUAAGUGGCCUGCAUUUCCACCAUCCUUGAGGAAAGUGAUUGCUGAAUAUGGAGAGGGAGUGGUUAGGCUAGGAGGAAGGAUACUCCAAAUGAUGUCAAUAAACCUUGGUUUGAAAGAGGAUUUCCUGCUUAAUGCAUUUGGAGGAGAAAGUGAGAUUGGUGCAUGCCUAAGGGUGAAUUUCUAUCCAAAGUGCCCUCAACCUGACCUCACUCUAGGACUCUCCCCUCACUCAGACCCUGGUGGCAUGACCAUUCUCCUCCCUGAUGAUUUUGUUUCUGGCCUUCAAGUACGCAGAGGAGAUGAAUGGAUCACAGUUAAGCCUAUCCCAAAUGCUUUCAUCAUCAACAUUGGUGACCAAAUUCAGGUGCUGAGCAAUGCAACAUACAAGAGUGUAGAACACAGGGUAAUUGUGAACUCAAACCAAGAUCGUGUGUCCUUGGCCAUGUUCUAUAACCCAAGGAGUGAUUUACUCAUAGAACCAGCCAAAGAGCUUGUGACAAAAGAGAAGCCAGCCUUGUACUCCCCAAUGACAUAUGAUGAAUACAGACUUUACAUCAGGCUAAAUGGACCAUGUGGAAAGGCCCAGGUUGAAUCACUCGCUUCCCAAUCGUGA